UGAACGCGCCAUGCGGUCACGUGGUAAAGACACCUGCGACGUUUCUCUCUUUGACAGAAAAAAAAUUAUUUAAAGUUCACGAUGGACAGAGGCGACGGCCCAAGUGCUGCUAUUUGCAGAUUAUGUGGAGAGAUAUUCAAACUUCCCGAGGAUGACACUGAUGGAAACCUCCCUCGGCUGCUUUUGUGUGGCCACACCUACUGCACAUCUUGCCUUCAGUCGAUUCAGCGUGACAGUGUCAUUAGAUGCCCGGACUGUGAGAUCGAGUCCGUUCUCCCUGAAGGAGGAGUGUGUGUCCUGCAGGAAGACAGCAGAAUUAUAGGCCUGAUCUACACUGAUAAAAUGAACAAGCUCAAAAGACAAAAGAGUCGCAAAAAGACCAACAUGUCAACAUUUAUGGAUGUGAAUGCCAACAUUGAGGAGAAGCCAGUUGAUAUCGGGAAGAUUGAGAAGGUGGUGGACGAAGCUUUGGCUCAGGCUGCACAAACUCUUGCCCAGCUGGAACACGUCCAUGAGACGCUGACGACCGGUGUGAAGACGGAGAGAGCUCGGCUGGAGCUGGAGAUCAGACAGGCCACAGAAAAGGCUGUGCAGGCUGUUGAAAAGUGGAAAGAUGUGCAGCUGAAAAACCUGGAACCACAAGUCUCCAUCGGCCAAGCUUCAGUGCGUCACCUCCAGGAGAGGAUCAAGGCUUUGCAGAUCGCGAUGCAGAUGGCGAAGGAGAUACGUCGCGUCCCCUUCCUGGAAGAAUACUGCAUCCUCGAUAAGAUUCUAGAGACGCUGCAGGCUCCUCUCGAUAAACAGUUCUUGGAUAUGAAAUUCAUUCCUGUCGCCUCUGGAAUAAGCUGCGUCUUCCACUCAGAAGCUCUGAACCAGGGUUUGACGUUGUCACUGAAAAUGGAAGAAGGGGAAUCAAAGCGCUUGUCUGUUCCUCUACUGAAAAACUACCCGCAGACCAAAAAAAGCAGCCGUUAUCCACCAGGUCGUAACAAGCAGCCGCAGAAACGCGACCAGGAGAGUUUACGAGUCGACAGAGCGUCGUUCAGAGGCUCCUCUCUGAGCCUGACACCUCAUCCCAGAGUCAACUUUUCUCAGCGCCGCCCGUCCUCAGACGGAGGCCCGGACGUGAUGAUAGAGCAAGUUAUCGACGAGGGACAAGAGGACGCUCUUCCACCGACUGGUCCUGAGAUGGCGAGUGACAAAUGGAGAAUCCACAGGAAAAGAAAAAACCAUCAGGUCUUUGUCAAUAAAAGAAAUGUUGUCCAGUGGGUGGUGGUGACACACGUUGUGAAUCCGAGUCACUUCUACGUCAACUAUUUAGCUGAGAAGAGGGAAAGCGAGAUCCUGUCCAAGAAGAUCAACAGCCUCUGCUGUGGAGAGGAUUGUCUCUUCGGUUCGAGCGACACAGUCGAGGCCGGCUCCGUGGUCUUUGUGAGGUGGAAGGAGGGUCUCUGGUGUCGGGCCUCCGUGGUUGAAGUCGUGCAGAGCGGCUGUGUGGGCGCUGUGGACGCCUGCCCGGUCACCCAGGUGUCCAGCCUGCAGGUGUUCUUCCUCGACCACGGGCUCAUCAAAACAGUCCUCAUAGGAAGUGAGGACGGAAACACUGAGUCUACGCUGACGUCUGUGAACAACCACCUGAAGAAAGUGGGUCCAGCGUUGAGCUCGGAGCUCAGUGUCUUUGCUCCUCAGGCUGUUAGAUGUGCACUGAAGGACCUGGUCCCAUAUGACCUGAUAAAAGGCUGGAGUGCAGAGGCUCGGGUUGAGUUCUGUAAAAUCGUUGGAUCUGCAGCGGUCGAGAUGAGACCUUUGGGUCAGGACAGAGAUUCUCUGUUGGUGGAUCUGAGAAAAGCUCCGAUGAAUCAGUCCAGUGAUGUUCCCAUCUCCGUCAGAGAGUAUCUCGUGUUCAUCGAGGUGGCCAGGUUUUAUUCUCCAGUGAUCGUUGGUAACAGGCCUCUGCUGUAUUAUCCUCCUGUUUACCCUAAAACAAACACACAGCUUGAUGCUGUGGUUUCUCACAUCAAUGACCCGUCUGACUUCUACAUCCAGCUGGUUGACAACAUGGAGUCCUUGUUGCUCUCGGCGAAGCUGCAGGAUUGUUACAACGCAUCGUCGACGGUGUUCGGAGAAGAUGAGCUCAGCAUCUACUGCCCCGUGAACGGACAGGCCUGCGUCGCCCGCUUCGAGGACACGUGGUGGUACAGAGCUCAGGUCGUAGGUCUCCCAGGUCGAAACAAAGCGGAAGUGCGAUACGUUGACUUCGGCAACAAAAAAAUCCUCUCGGUCAGCGACUUGAGGAAAAUAAAAGACGAGUUCUUUGCCCUUCCCUCCAUGGCGAUUCACUGCUGUUUGUCUGAUGUGAUUCCUGUGGAUGGAAACACCUGGAGCGACGCCUGCAUCAAGAGAUUCAUCAGCCUAGUUCACCAGAAGCUGGUCUCUAUCAUUGCUAAAGGCCCAAGGUCUGAACCUCUCCCAGUUAAAGUGUUUGAAGGCGACCUGAACGGACCAGUAGUCGACAUCGCUGAGCUGCUGGUGCAGGAGGAGCUGGCCUGCUUCACACAGGGACCGAAGUCCAAGAAAGACGUGUCCACUGGGAAGGAAUCCACAGUGUGGGACCCUCCACUCGAGCUCGACUCUGCCCCAGAUGGAGCCGAUUCCCCGGCCCAGCUUCUCUCCGUGGACAAGAGCGAGGACCUGCAAGAGUUUCAGCCUCAGCUGAAGCUUCCGGCCGAACUCAAAGACCUGAAAGUCAGAGUCAGUCACAUCAACUCACCGAGCAGCUUCUACGUCCAGUUCACACAGUACGACUCUCAGCUCAAAAGGAUCUGUGAGCUUGUGAAGCAGGAGUUUGUCCUGGUGGAGCCUCAGGAGGUGACGUUGAAGGCCGACACUUACUGUGCUGCUCACAUUAAUGGAGUUUGGGAGAGAGGACAGAUCUGCUCUGAUGUCACAUCGAACAACAUUGCAGAAGUGAGACGAUGUGACCACGGCAACACUGUGAAGCUCCACGUCAGCAACCUGCGGCCGCUGCCACCGUCCCUGAUGGGAUCCCUGGCACUCGAGUGCUCUCUCAAUGACAUCAGACCAACAGGAGGUCGAUCGACUUGGACAAACACAGCCUGUGACUUAAUUACCUACUAUCUGAAAGGAGCUUCAGCUGUUAUGAACAUCAAGGAGUUUACAGACGAGCGUCCAGUCCCCGUCACUUUGUUUUGCUCGAACAGAAACGGACAGUUAAUCAGCAUUGCAGACUUUCUGGUCAGCGAAGGCCUGGCCCUCAAGGAGAGAAAGACCAGAGAAGCUGUGGUUCAACAACCCAAAGAAACUGAUGCAGUGAUCGAGAUAAAACCUGAUGUCAAGAGUAAAACUGACCUGUCUGCUGUUGUCGUCUCGUCCUCGUCCUCGUCCUCCGUCGUCCCUACAACCACCACCACCUCCUCCACCUCCAUCAACGCCGCCGCUGCUUCAAAACCAACUCACCACCGCACCAUUUUAACGGCUGAGAAGGUGAAGACGCCGUUGUAUCGUCCUCCAGAGCUGCCGUGUCCUGGUCACAUCCAGACACGUGUCACCGCCAUCGGCGAGGACGGUCUCAUUUACGCACGGACACAAAAUGCAGAGUAUGAGCUGGAGCAGCUUAAGCAGAGGAUUCAGCAGAGCCUGAGGACGUGGCCCACGCUGAAGCCCUACACCUGGAGGUCGGUCCAGGGCUGUGCCAUCAUCGGAGCCGACACCCUGUGGUACCGAGGGCAGCUGCUGGAGGUGCAAGGAGGGAACAUCACGGUUCAGUAUGUGGAUUAUGGCCUAGUGGAGAACAUCCCGAUGGUCCAUGUUUACCCCACGCUGCUGUGUGACGACGUUCCUCAGCUCUGCAUGCCCUGCCAGCUGCUUGGCAUCAAACCUAUCGGUGGGAAGUGGCAGAGCGAUGCCGUGGCCCUUCUGAGAGAACUGUUACUGAACCGCAGUGUGGACAUGCAAGUCGUGGAGCUGCCAGCUGAUCCGAGGGGACCUCUCACAGUUCACAUCUUCUUGGACGGUCUGAGUCUCAACGAGAUCCUGUGUCACCACGAGCACGUCUCCGUCGACCAGACGCCCUCAGAGCAGAAGGGACUCUCAGUGAUGUCAAGCGCCCGCAUCUUGGACGACUGGGAUUUCAGCACUGAGGGUCUCGAGGCCCCUCUGGAGCCCAUGUUGGGGCCCUUUGUCAACCCGAAGCUGCCAAAGGAAGGAGAGGAGUUUCCAGUCAGGGUCAAGCACCUGAGGACCCCCAAUGAGCUGUUCCUGUGGCCUCUGGAGACACCUGGCCAGGACCAGGACCAGGACCAGGACCAGGAGGUUGAUGGAGAGACUCUGGAUGAGGCUUUGACGAGGAUCAAUGAAAGCAUCGACAGUUUGCCACCGCUCACCAGCUUCCCCUGUGGCGGUCCGUGUCUGGCAGAGUACAGCGACGGGAGGUAUUACCGGGCCAGGAUGCUACAUUUCACCAGCGUGGACCCGGUCAAGAUCCUCGUCCAACACGUUGACUUCGGCUCUGACGACACUCUGCCCACCAGCAAGCUGCGUCAGAUCCCGGCUAAGCUGCUGAAGUUUCCAACCCAGGUGCUAAAGGUCAAAGUCGCCGGCUUCAAGGCUCCGAGCGUCAACAAGCAGGAAGACGUCCUCCCCUACAGCCCCGAAUGGAGCGUGAAGGCAGCGAUGGACAUGGUCGACCUGCUGCACAACAACAUCACGGCCUCUGUAGUGGCUCUAGAUCCUGAGCUCAAAGUUCUGCUGUACGACGAGGAAAGAAACCUGGUCCACCUGCCUCUGGUGGCCAGCGGUCUGGCCGAGGUCGACUGAAGCAGAGACGCUCUCAGUUCAGGUUUUCUGCUUCAUUUCAAACAGGAAAAUCAGAUUUAGACAUUUUUUUGUUUUGUUUUUAUAAAUUAUCCUCGACUCAAAUCAGAGUCGACACUGAAACAGAUUUCAACAUUUCAAGAUUUGAACUCUUUAUUUUAAAUUUUUCCAUUUCUUGCCGUGUUGUUUUUUUUUGUUCUGCUGUUCUUAGAUUGCGUUGCAAGAAAUGCGUUUACUUUUACAUGGUGUUGCUGUGGAGCAGGGUUUUCUUUUUAUAUAUUAUUUGGCUGCUGUGUUUAUAAAAAUAAAAGUCUUGCACUGCA